UCGCUGAAACAUAUAUUAAAACGAAAAACAGAUUUUUCGCUAUUUUUGCAUAAAUUGUCGCAUAUAUUCGUAUAAAUAAUACAUUAUGUAAAAAGAGAACUUGUGAAAAAGUGCAACUAAAAUCAAGGUCAAACCUUAAGUAUUGCAUAUUCUGUGCAGGCAAAUGAAACAGAGAAAGAAAGUGAAAAGCCAAAAUCUGUAAAGGCAACAACAACAACAACGCAGAAUUAGCGUUUUUUUUUUUGUUAUUAUUCGGUUGUGAGCGUGUAUGUGUGUGAGAGUGGCCUACGUGAUUAAAAUACGCCAAGCAGCAACUAGAGAAAUGGUGUAAAAGCAAAAUUGGCUAAUACGGCCAACGUGUGUUUUUGUAUUUUUUUUGCAAUAUAAUUGAUAGCCAGCUAAAAUCACAGAAAUAAUCACAAUAAACAGAGUGAGAGAACGAGAGAGAAAACAACUGAGCGGGAGAGACAACUAAAGUGAAUUGUGAGAGUGUGUGCGAGCGUAUGUGGGUUGAAGGUACAACUGUAAACACCCACUCAAUCGCAGUGUCGCAGUGUCCCGACGUUCAAGGUUAAUUUCGGUCAUGCUGAUUCGCAAUUGCAGCCACUGCUGCUGCUGCGGAUGAAGAUGAGCAGGGGAAAACGCGGCAGGAAUACGAUGGAUUGCCAUCAAUUGGAUACGCCGCGAUGCUCCAUUUGUGGCACAACUGUUGGCCUCUUGCGGUGUGCGAAAUGUAAGGCAAUUUAUUAUUGCUCCACUGCAUGCCAGCAUAUCGAUUGGCCCUCUCAUCGUCAGGAAUGUCGCCUUUUGGCUCGUCAGAAGAGUAAUCAAACCAACAAUAACAACAACAACAACAUCAGUAGCAACAACAACAACAACAAUCAUAGUAAUAAUCAUAAAAUGCAACAAUUGCAACAAGCAGUGGCUGCCACAACAUUAAUUGAAAAUGGCGCUGGCGCCGCCGCAAAUUGUUCAACAGCCCAAAUGAUGACACCUGCCCAUCAGGCCCAAUCCUGGCCGGCAGAUGUCGCCACUGGCAUGGCCGGACUGAAUGGCCAAAGGCACCAGCAUCAGCAUGGCGAGAAAAGUUCCAGCUAUCAAAUUGGACUCACAGAUUCCAGUUUCAUGGGUUCCGGCAGUGAACGACGCUAUGAGGAUCUAUGUCGGAAUAUAAUCAAUGAUAUGAACCAGUAUGGUCUGUCCGUAGUGGAUGACUUUCUGGGCCCGGAAACAGGACUGAAGAUAUUAAAUGAGGUGCGUAGCAUGUACAAUGCCGGAGCCUUUCAAGAUGGCCAGCUCCAGACAGAUCAGACCAAUCCAACUGCUCCGACUGUCCCAACAGUGCGUGGCGACAAGGCUGUGCGUGGUGAUAAGAUCAAAUGGGUCGUUGGCAAUGAGACUGGCUGCAGUAAUGUCCGAUAUUUGACCAAUCAGAUCGAUUCGGUUGUUUUUCGUGUUAAUACCAUGAAGGAUAAUGGUAUAUUGGGCAAAUAUGAUAUCCGAGAGCGUACAAGAGCCAUGGUUGCAUGCUAUCCUGGCUCAGGCACUCAUUAUGUCAUGCAUGUAGAUAAUCCUAGUAAGGAUGGGAGAGUUAUAACAGCGAUUUACUACCUGAAUAUCAAUUGGGAUGCGCGAGAAAGCGGCGGAAUUCUACGAAUUCGGCCAACGCCAGGAACAACAGUUGCGGAUAUUGAACCAAAAUUCGAUCGCCUGAUAUUCUUUUGGUCGGAUGGACGCAACCCACAUGAAGUACAGCCUGCCCAUCGUACACGUUAUGCCAUUACCGUUUGGUAUUUCGAUGCAAAAGAGCGUGAAGAAGCUUUAAAUCGGGCUUUAGAGAAAAACAAAACCAAUAAUGCCAUUAACAAUGGCACAACUCAACAGGAUCAGGACCAGCAUACAGAACCUGAUUCAACAACUAAAUCAUCAAUACCACCAACACCCGCAUCAUCAUCACCAGCGUCAUCAACGUCGUCGUCGUCGUCGUCUGCAGCAGCAGCAGCAACGUUAGCAACAUUGCCAGCCACCAUGUCCACUGGCAAUGCGAAUGUGGCCAGCAAUAGUUCCUGUUCAGCUGCCGCCAGCAGCGAGAUUUGCACGUAACCCAUAAGGAUGCUAAAUAUCAUUUACCAUCUAAGUGAACAGAAAAGGGCAACCAAAAAGGGUUAAUUAUAACCAAGCAACCCCCCAUCCUAACCCUAUACUCCCACAUACUAUUUUAAUGUAAAAAGCUAGUUAAAAACUAAACUAUUUAUCAUGAAGCCCUAUCAAAUUGUAAAAUCAUAAUCCAUAAGCUUUUACUCUAGUUAUACUCUCUAAGUCGUAUGUUUAGUUAUAUUUACAUAUAUAUAUAUAUUCUUGAAUCCUGUUGAUUGUUUCAUUUUUACUAUAUUUAACCAUAUUACUCGUUUCAUUUUUUAUUUCUUUGUUCAAGCAUUCUAUUCUACACUUAAUUUGGCUGCCAAAGUAUUAUGUAUAAAAACGCAGCGGCAAUAAUAAACGAGUACAUACAUAUAUUUAAGUAUA